GCAAAGCAGAAGUUUCUGAGGCUAAGCCUCAGAUUCCGCUGGACCCUUUAGAGGCUGAACUGCAGGCCCAGGAGGAGAAACUCCGCCAACAGGCCAAAGCAGUUGAGACUCUAAAGGCUGAGCUGAAGAAGAAGGAGGAGGMGGCCCAGAAAGAGGCCAGGAAAAAGUUAUUGAUUGCAGAUGUAGAGAAGAUCCCUGCUACUCCUUCUGCUCCUCCCUCUCCUGGACCUUCUCAGCGAAAACCUGCAUCACCCCCACACUCCAGACCUGCAUCACCCCCACACUCCAGACCUGCAUCUCCACCCCCUACGCCCGGAUCAACAGCAGCUUCACAACCCUCAUCACCAUUUGAGUUUCAGCGUCCUGAGCUAACACYGCCACCCAUGUUCUCAGGCGAGGACCCAAAGGUGGAUGUGGCAGACUGGGUUGCUGCACAGAGGACCUACCUGAGUGGGUUCAAAUGUGACGAGGAUGUGAAGGUGUCAGCCAUCCUUGCUCGCUUGGAGCGGUCAACACUGAAAUGGUGCACCUCUACCUCCAGCAAGCAAGGUAUGGAGAUGGCUGAUUGGGUGCAGAGGCUGGGGGUGGCUGGAUUUCUGCAGGCCCUGCAGGACCGGUUUGCAGACAAGGAGCAGGCCAAGAAGGCAACAGACAAAAUCAUGCGCCUGGGCCAGAAGAAGUUUGAGGGCUCCUUGUCCAAACUGUACUCCACCUUUGAGAGUCUGACAUCGACUCCGGGGUUGGAGAUGAGCGAGCAGGAUCUGCUCAUUCAUUUCCUAAGGGCAGCGACUGGGCAAUUCCAGCUUGCUCUCUUCUCUCAGGGCCACAAGGACUGGCGGUCCUUUGGCAGAGCAGCCCUGGACUUGGAGUCUAAACUCCAURUCCAGAAGCACCUUCUGAAGGAAGGAAGGGGCCCUCCUCCAAAGGGCGAAGGAGGAGGAAGGGCGCCCUGUUUGCUGCUGCAGMUUCUGGUUCAGAUAGUGACACAGCAUCUCAGGGCGGGAGCCCUCCACCUGGGACUGCAUCAUCAUCUGCUGCAGAUUCUGCUGUUCUUGCCCUGGCUGAUGCUUUGAUGGGUUUGACAAAGGGCAA